GGCUUUAGGGCUUUAAAAACGCCGCUACAGUCUCAUCCCUUCCUCCUAUUAAAUCCCCAGAUUCUGCAGGAGCGCAUGGCUGACAUGGUGAGGACGUUAGCUCUGCUAAUUAUCCCGCUUGGGGCGGUGGUGCUGUUCAUAGCUCUGCACGCGUGCCACCUGGCCGGUGCUCGCAUCCGGCGUGGAAGGAGGAAGGGGUUGAGGAGGCUUCGACAGGGCGCUUCGGCAAGCAAAGGGAUGGGGGAUGAAUACAGUCGGGGUUGUGAGGGUUUUGGGAUGGGGAGGGGGGCGUACGGAGGAGGGAGUGGAAUGCAACACAAUGUCCACCACAGGUUUGAUCCAAAUUCGUAUUCGCAUCUCCCUCCUCACCAGCAGCCUUUGCCUGAUGACACGACCUGGACGCCCCCUCCGUCGACAUUGGGUCUGGCAUGGGGGUCGACACAGACGUCUUACGACACACCACCACGAGUAGAAAGCACCGGAGGGGGUGUGGGUCCCAUGUCCGGUUUGCUGGGCGAAACGCGGGGCAGAGGCCGUCAUCCAUUCGAUUUGCAACUCUCACCGACGACCACCAUGGGCAUGUCUAGAAUGGUCCUCGUCCAGCGGAGUGGACAGGGUGGCGGUGCGAGAACGCAGACAAUGCAUGCCAGUGACCUUGAUGACGGGAUGCCAAUGCAUCGACCGAACCACAUGUCAAGGCCUGCGCCGAGCCAGGCCGCACCAGCGGGCAGCGUGUCGUAUCACCAACCUCCAGCAGGCGCAACCAUGCAGGAUCAUAGGCCUGAUGUGGGCGGUGUUGCGGAAUCCCCUCGAUGCGUGGAGUGUAUUGUCUACCGGUUCAAUAGCUUGCGGGCGACCAGCGACGGUGAUGGAGCAGGCGCGACCAUGCAGGAACGGAGGCCUGAUCUGGGCGAGGUUGCGGAAUCCCCUCGAUGUGUGGAGCGUAUUGUCUGCCGCUUCAAUAGCUCGCGGCCGACCAGCGACGGUGAUGGAGGCGGACGUGACGGUGGUGCCAGCGAGGCGGACCACGUCGACGUUAAAGACGAUGACGGUGACGACGAUGACGAAGACGAAGCUCCGGUCAAGGAAGCAGCCUCCAGCGGGACGAAAAAGCAAGUUUCCAAAGGUCGUGGGAAAGCAAAGGGGAAGGAUAAGGAAGGUGAUACGAACGGCGAGGGUGGCGGGAGCGGAGCACGGGGGAACUGGAGUUUGAACGAGUCUCUCGUUCUUGUCCGGUGCAAAAGAGACCAAGAUGACUACUUUGCUAAUGCGGGAACCAACUUCGCCAGAAUGAAAAUGAAGGACCAGAAGUGGAUGGACAUCGCUAAGCGGAUGGAGAAGGAAGGAGUUCGGCGGAACAGGGAGCAAUGCAUGAAGAGGUGGGAGAACAUAUUCGGGUGGGGAGAGGAUGCGGGGGACGGGUGUGGCAGCAGAUCGUCUUCUAACGGCAUUCAUGGCAAGCGGAAGAACGCCAGGCAGCUGGCUUUCAAGGCGGUGACAGAUGUGAUGAAAACGCACUCGGCCGUUGUCGCGGAGUCCGUGGACCGCGCGAGCAAGCGGCAGUGCGACGUGCUCCAAAGGCAGUGCGACAUAAUGGAGAAGAAGGCGAGAACGCAGAAGAGGCAAUGCGAAGUUCUCGAUGUCGGCCAACGGAUGUUGUGCGAUGCUCUCCGUAAGAUCGCUGGACACGAAGUGCGGCAUUACGAGGUGGACGCAAUUCUCCACGUCAUCGCCGCGUUGGGAUAUGCGGAUAACAUGCUGUGUGAGGUAGUCAGCUACGCAACGAAAGUCGGCCGCGCGAUCCCCAACCGCUGGGAAGGAGGAGUGGACGUUCUCGCUGACAUCGUCGACCUCCUAAUGUCGAACAUCACGAACGAGCACGAGGAACGCAUGACUGUUCCUGCGGAAUUUCGGAGUGUUAACGAGCAGUUUGUGGAUGUCCGAUUGUGAAGAGAGUAUGUGCUUUUGCGUCGCUAUUUUUUUUUUCGCCAUCGGAUGUGCGGAUGUCAAUUUCCUUUGGUUUCUCUAGUGUGCCGAACACAUAUAAAGCUCAUGUGCAACAAACUUCUAUUGUGUACUUCGCCUCACCCAUGGACGACUAUAAAACUGAGAAAGCAAAUGAACACAUAUAGUCGUUAUCCUUUGCGAAAAAAACACACAGAAUGAAAAGCAAUUACCGUC